ACGCAGAUACCCAGGCUCGCCGCAAGGAAGCCCAGGAUAUGCUGCAGCGGCAUGAAGCCACCAGCAUCGACAGACUCAAGUUCUGRCACUUUCAACCGAAYGGCGACMAUCCAACACCGRAAGAGAAGCACAAGGAGUUCCUCUCCAAACUCGUGACGCGGUUGCUGUAUGCUUGCAACUACCAACGGUCAGAGUUGGAGAGACAGUACCAGGACCUGACGCAACAGCAUCAGGAGUUGGCGACGCUCCGCCGCACAGUGCAGAGCCACGAGGAUGCAACUCGGGCACUCAAUGCCCGAUUGCUGGACCUGGAACAGGUUGUACCAGGACCAACUGCUGGGGCUUCCAGCAGUGCACCUUCUAGCCGCCAACUGGAGGAACGCGUUGACCACAUCCUGGCAAUGCUCGGCGACAUUAACACCUUCGCUGCGCCGUCCACCAUCAGCACUCAGCUGCAUACCUUGAAGACCGAGGUCCAACAGCUGCAGUCGACGAACGCGGACGACAAUCCGAAGAUGUACAAGAUGCCAGCUUUCAACCUGGAGAGGUUCGACGACUACACGCAGCAGGAUCCGUCCUCUGGUGGGAAGCAUUCACAACGCAACUCAGGAUUCUGCCAUCCUCGGUAUACUUACGAGGAUUAUGCUGUCCACUUGGUUCCACCGCUGGACCAACCGCUCCACGUGCAACAGUCCACCGCAUGCACGGUUUCAUCACCAUCGGCAACCGAUUCGGCAGCUUUGCCGCAACCUAUCGCCGGGGAUUCGACGUCAUGGUCAAGACUUGAAGAGCUCGACCCAUUGACGUUCACGGACUUCCACUGGAUGCCCGUUCCCUCGACUGGACGAUUGCCGAAACCGAAUUGCAACGUGCUUAUGGCACAAUUGCGGGACUACUUGCACACUGCAGUACCAGCUCCGUUGAUGGACGUCGGAGCAGAGGUUGUCGACCUUCUCGCGUAUAUCGCGAAUAUCGACCGCGAGUUCAAGACGCAACAGUACGACGACAUCGACGCACCAUUGCUAUACGUACGCAUUCAAAUCGGAGAGGCGACCUGCAGUGCCUUGAUCGAUUGCGGAGCAUCUCGCAACUACAUCAGCCAGGACUUCAUGGUACGCACCGGCGUUGGCCCACGUGUCCGGAGGAAGUCCCAGCCUACGCAAGUCACUCUGGCAGACGGUCAUACGCACAAGUCCAUCGACCGGUGCAUUGACGCCGUCCCAGUGUACUUUGCCGCUCACGCAAGUGAGGCGGUGUCCUUUGACAUUCUGGACACCAAAUUCGACAUGAUCUUGGGCAUGUCAUGGCUGCGAAGCAAGGAUCACCCGGUGAACUUCUUCAACCGCACCGUUCACGUUCGUGAUCGGAACAGAGUAUUAGUUCCAUGCACGGUGCCUCUUCCUCACCCUUCGAUCAGUUGCCACAUGGUAUCCGCCGCAAGCAUGCGAGCUUCCAUUAUCAGAGACAACAUCGAGGAGAUGGGGGUGUGUUUUCUCCACGCCCUCCCGCCACAUGACGCUUCAUCGACGGUUCUCCACGCCCUCCCGCCACAUGACGCUUCAUCGACGGACUCACCUUCGGAUCCACGGAUCACCGAACUUCUCGACGCCUACAGCGACGUGUUCGAAGGCCCGCACGGAGUAGUACCGGAUCGACCCAUCCGCCACGAGAUCAUCCUCGAGGACGGGGCCGUACCUCCGSGCGGUUGCAUCUACCGAAUGAGCGAGGAAGAGUUAAGUGUGCUUCGGGCACAACUCGACGACCUUCUGGAGAAAGGCUGGAUUCGGCCUAGCUCAUCGCCAUACGGUGCUCCUGUUCUCUUCGUCCAGAAGAAGAACAAUGACCUGCAGUUGUGCAUCGAUUAUCGCAAGCUCAACGCGCAGACGAUCAGGAACGUCGGCCCUUUCCCACGCAUCGACGACCUUCUCGAGCGAUUGGGCGGCGCCCAGUUCUUCUCCAAGCUGGAUCUCAAGUCAGGGUACCACCAACUCGAGAUUCGCAAGGAGGACCGUUACAAGACCGCAUUCAAGACACGGUAUGGGCAUUUCGAAUGGUUGGUUAUGCCAUUUGGCCUUACGAAUGGCCCGGCCACUUUCCAAGCGGCUAUGACAACGGAGUUCCGAUACAUGCUGGAUCGAUACGUACUUAUCUAUCUCGACGACAUCCUGAUAUACAGCUGGAGUUUGGAGGAGCUUGUGGAACACCUGCGCACCGUUUUGGAGCGGCUACGACAGGCCAAGUACAAAGCCAACCGCGACAAGUGUGAAUUCGCGCGGCAAGAGCUGGAGUACUCGGGCCAUUAUGUGACGCCGCAAGGCAUCCGUCCGCUCGCGGACAAGAUCGAGGCCCUACGAGUAUGGCCCGAGCCCACCAACACCACGGACGUUCGUUCAUUCAUGGGAUUGGCGGGCUACUAUCAGCGAUUCAUCACCGGAUACUCCAGGAUUGUUGCACCUAUGACAAGGUUACAGUCGCCAAAGGUGCCAUUCGUAUUCGAUGACGACGCACGUCGGUCAUUCCAAGCACUUAAGACGACCAUGCUCAUGGCACCCGUCCUCAGCAUCUAUGACCCCACCUUGCCGACGAGAGUGACUACGGACGCUUCCGGCUAUGGCAUUGGGGCAGUCUUGGAACAGCACGACGACGACGACUGGCACCCUGUGGAGUAUUUCAGCCACAAAGUGUCUCCCAUCAACUCGAUGGAUGAUGCAAGAAAGAAGGAGCUACUCGCGUUCGUCAUGGCUCUCAAGCGAUGGUGACACUUCCUCCUUGGGCGUCGUAGGUUCACAUGGGUUACGGACAACAAUCCAUUGACCUACUACAAGAUGGAGGAUACGGUGAGCAGCACGAUCG